CCUGCUGUGGAGACUAUGGGAUUUAGAGUUGGAGAACUCAGAGGCUUUUCAAGAUGGCAUUCACGGUUCAAGAAUAUUGGACUGGAUGAAAGGCUUAUUGAAAAUGCAACAGAAAAGACUGGAAUGUUCCUUGUGCAGGUUGAACGGUUUGCAAGGGUUCUUGCAGUAGUGAUCCAGCUGUUUCAGAAUUUCUUCAUUUGGGUAUCGAAGUGUAUAAAGAUACUUCUGCCUGAACCAACUGAUCAAAUUCAGCAACCCAAUAGUGAACUUGUUGUCCUAUUCUUGAAGUAUAUUUUUGAUCACGACCCGGUUGGACAGUUUCUUGAGAGUUCAGAUGGAAACCGUGGCAUUGCAGCUAAUCCUGACACAACUAAACAAAUUGAAGAACUUGUGGCAUUUGGAGGGUUCUCGGACACUGGAUUCUUGGAAAGAACUUUGUCCAUGGAAUUUAAUCAAUUGGAACAGUGCUUUAAGGAGGCUUUCUUCAUGCCAUUUUCUACCGUGUCCAAGAAGAUAUAUUGUGAAGACUUUCUGCCACUAUAUCCUUCCCCUACAUCUACAACUUCAAUAUUGAACGCGCCUACGUCAGUUUCUUAUUAUAAGGGUGAUUUUAGUUAUGUAACCAAUCGUGAGACUUCUCAGCCGUGCCUAUUGGACUAUAUAUGUUUUAGAAUACCAGAUGAAUUGUUAGAUUCGGCCAAUUGCAUUGGUAUACUGAAGGGUUUAACGUGCCACUCAAGCUCAACUGACAAAGGGCCAACAUCCAUUGCAGCUGUUUUAUUACGUAUUCCUGAAGGAUUUCAGUGUGUUGAUUUGUCUUUAUAUAAGGAAAACCAGCUCAUUCUAUUGCUGACCGAGUCAACCUCUUCUUCUGAGAAUCCUGGACAAUCAUGGAUGAUGAUGCUUCAAAUGAGUAUUCUUCCCUUCACAUCAAUUUCAAGAGCAUCACUUGGAAAUCUCUGGAGCUUGCAUGAGUUAAAGGGUUCUGCUGUGGAGUUGAACUUGAGCAGAGGUAAAGUUCGUUGCAUUCCUCACAUGGUGACUGCCCCGUUGGCUGUGAGUGCCUCCAGAGGUGUGGCUUCUGUUUUCUCUGCUCGGAAGCAUGCAUUGGUUUAUAUCCUCGAUGAGGAUGAAGAUGAAGUUUCUGAUAUGGAAUGAGAUUUUUCAACUAUUCCAAUGUCACAGAAACUCAAAGCAGAAAGCACUGUGCGCAAGAAAAGGAGUUGUGAACCAAUGAUGGAAAAAAUUUCAGAGUUAUGGAUACAUCCAAAUUUGUGGGCCUCUCACUUAUUAGGAUAUAUGAUUUUAGAUCAAAAACAACACUAAUUUAUCAGUUCUAUCUAUAUUGGCAAGUCUUAUCAACAUCCUGAUUUAAGUUUUUUAUUUAGUUUUUAUUGAUUAUGUUAAAUAUGAGGAAAUUCUAAGGAUUUUGUAAAUGUGUUCUAUUUAUGGUAGUUUUUCUUUUCUUCCUUGAAA